AGAUAGAUAGCAAGCAAUUUCUCCAGAGUCAUGCUGUGGGCACUUCCAACGAGUAAGCCAGCGACUACUCUAAGCCCGUUUUCCACCAGCAGCACGCACAGCCACCAUAGUCAUGGCAGAUUUUUGGCCAAGGCAGCCUCCUCAGCUUCUUCUCUAGAGCUCGACAAUGGCGAGGAGAACAGGACCAGUUCCAACACUCCCGAGGAAACUGGAGAGUCCAGUGCCAGCGCGAAAACGAUUCCCAGGUACACGAAAUGGACUCCACAGUUUGCUAGAGUUGAUGAGGUUCUCAAGAUCCUCCAGAAGACUGGGAAUGUAGAGGCGGCGCUGGAGAGCUGGGACAAAUCCCUGUCGGCCAAGAACAUCGUCACGGUUCUCAACAAUAUCAACCGCUGGGAGAAAGCUCUCGCCUUCUUCGAGUGGCUCAAGGCCCGACCUGAGCUCUACGAGAUCAACAGGUACACGUACAACGUGAUGCUCAAGAUCCUACGCAAUGGCCGCCAGCUCGAGCUCUCGGAGAAGCUCGUCGAGGAGAUGACGGGUCGCGGGAUCCAGCCAGACAACUACACUUUCAGCACUCUGAUCAACUGCGCCAAGCGCUGCCGCCAGCCGGAAGAAGCUCUCAAGUGGUUCGAGAGGAUGAAGAGCGAAGGGAUCGUCCCAGACGAGGUGACUUACAACUCGGUGAUCGACAUGUAUGGGCGAGUGGGACGAGUGAACGAGGCCGUGGAGCUCUACGAGAAGCUAAAGUCCGUCAACUGGAAGCUCGACACUGUGACUUACGGCGCUAUAGCCAACGUCUACGCCCGGGCCGGGGACUACCAAUCCAUCAUCCAGCUCGUCCAGGAGAUGCGAGACAGUGGAAGCUCCCCCAACGCCGUGAUCAUGAACACGCUCAUGGGGACGCUGAGCAAGGCCGGGAAAGUGAACCAGGCCAAGAAGGUGUUCAACGAGAUGAGAACCUCCGGAGUGAGCCCGACGCCGGUGACGCUGAGCAUCCUGGUGGAGAUGUACACGAGAGUCGGAGCUUACGACCAAGCAUUCGAGGUCUACGAGACGCUCAAGACGGAGGGAUGGAAGUGCGACGUCGCGGUGUACAACUCGCUCAUGAAAGCCUGCGUCGAGGGAGGCCGAGUCGAGCAAGCGGAGGAUAUCUUGAAGGAGAUGAAGCGAGCGGGGUGUAACCCGGAUCAUCUCACGUACAGGACGGCCAUGAACACGUACGCGACGAAGGGAAUGGUGGAUCCGGCCAGGAGGAUGUUCGACAAGGUGGUGGCGCUCAACGGCAAGCCGGACACUCCACUCUUCACGGUGAUGAUCCGGGCCUGCAAGCUCGCCGGGGAGAUCGAGCAGGCGAGCAAGAUCUUUGACGAGAUGAUGGAGAGUGGCUGCUGCUCGCCGGACGAGCGAGUGAGCGGGAUGCUGCUCUCGUGCAUGGCCAUGGCCAAGAACGACGACGAGCGCCUUGCCAUCCUCGACUGCCUGGACAAGUUUAACGCUCCUCUCCACGAGCUCAUGAGCGCGAUCGUCCGCAAGGAAGAGCCGAGAUCCAGGGACGAGGUGGCGGAGAUGGUGGAGAAGUUCAUCAGCGACUACCCCGAGACGGACUCGCGCAAGCCGCUGUGCAACUGCCUCAUCGACAUCUGCUCCAGCGUGGGGAUGAAGCACGCAGCUCACAAGAUCUUCGCCAUGGGAGUUGCGGUGGGAGCCUACGAUGGCCUCCAGACCAAUCUCCCAUCGCUGUGGCGGCUCAACCUCCGGACGCUCUCCAUGCCCGCGGCCGAGUGCGCGAUCGAAGCUUGGGUGAGCUCGCUCAAGGCGGCUGUCCGGGAGGGGGACGAGCUCCCGGAGGAUCUCAUAAUCGAGACGGGCGUGGGACGAGUGCGCAGUGGACAGAGGCUCAACCCGAUCGUUGGAACGCUGCUCAAGAAGCUCGGGGCGCCCUUCACAGAGAACACCGAGCCGGCGGGGUACUACUGCUCGACUGGAGCCGCGGUGGAGGCGUGGAUCAAAGCGAGGAUCGCUCUGGAAGAAAAUUCGGCAUUUUCUCUCCAAUUCCUGCAAGCGACCGCAACGCUGCCAAAGGCAUGCCCCGUUCGAUCCGUCACUGCCACUGUCUCGAGAGAACCUGGUCGAAUGGCUCUCGACAGUCCUCUUAAGCACCUUGCAACGAAAGUGCUUCUCUUAUUGGUGGAGGCUGAUAAGGACUGGUUGGCCGGACUGCUCACAGCGAUUCCAAACGCCGAGAACCCGUCGAGGCCUCUCUCAGCCGUGGUCGAGUAUGCUUCUCCAACCACAAGACGUCCUUCAGUCGUAUAUCCACUGGAAGUCAAGCGUGUUGGAGCUAGAGAGCAAUUGUUUUGUGAUAUGAAAAAGAAAAACAACGAAUAUCUUAAAUCCUGCAAAGAAUUUGAACCCAGCACCACCAGAGCCUUCAACAAGUUGGCAGUUUAUAUUCUAUUCCAAUCUGAAACCAUGGAAACCAUCAAAUCUCUUGCAUUGCAAAUAAAGUCAAUUGGCAUCUCAAGGGAUGUGGAGGAAGCCAAGAGGAUCCACUUCAAGGUUAAGGCACACAAGGAGCUUCAACAAAACAUUUUCCUUGCUAAUCUGGUUGUAGAAAUGUAUGGCCGGUGUGGGUGUAUCAGCGAGGCUCACGAUGCCUUUGAAGAGAUUCUCACUCCAAAUCAGUUUUCCUGGAAUAUCAUGCUCGCGGCAUUUUCACGCAACGGGGACUUGGCACAAGCUCGAAGCUGGUUUGAUGCGAUGCCACAACGGAAUCCUGUUGCCUUGAACACGAUGAUAGCGGCAUAUGCCCGCAUGGGGCAUCUCGAAGAGGCCGAGAACUUGGCGAUUCGCGAUCAAAGCGAUGAUCCAGCAUCAUGGAAUCCCAUAAUAUCUGGAUACCUACAACAGGAAGACGUAGAAGGAGCCAAGAAAGUUUUUGAUAGAAUGCGCGUGAGAGAUUCCAUCUCCUGGAAUGCAAUGAUUGGGGGAUACGCCAAGCGUGGGCAUCUGCAGCAAGCGUGUCAUUUGUUUGAGAAAAUGCCCGAUAAAACGAUCGCUUCAUUGAAUUUAAUUCUCAAAUCGCUCGCUGCGAAUGGAAAGAUUAAAGAAGCAAAACAGUUUUUUGAUCGAAUGCCUCAGAGGGAUGAGAUCUCCUGGAAUGCCCUUCUCCGGGGAUUUAUUUCUUGCGGGCAAAUCCAGGACGCAAAAGAGCUAUUCGAUCUCAUGCCUCACCAGCGCGAUCCAGGGACUUUGUUCGUACUAUUGGAGGGGUAUUGCAAUCACGGGUUGAUCCAGGAAGCCAAAACAUUGCUCGAUUCCAUUGAUCCACCCAUAAGAAAUCCAAGUGUUUGUUUCCCGAUAAUCCGUGCGCUGGGCGAUGCAGGGGACGUGAUCGGUGCGAGGGCGCUAUUUGAUCGCCAGGAGAAAAAGGACAUCCAGCUAUGGACGUUGAUGAUGAAGAUCUACGCGCAGUGGGGCAACCUGGAGCUAGCGAGAGAGAUCUUUGACGUAAUGCCAGAGAGAGAUGCAAUUUCCUGGACUGUGAUUGUGAGCGCGUACGGAAGAACCGGCGAUCUGAGAGAAGCAAAGAACCUUUUCCAACAAAUGCCGUAUAGAGAUUCCGUCGCGUGGUGUUCCUUAAUCUCGGCAUAUGCCAAAGCGGGGCAUCUGGAGGAUGCGGAGAGGAUGUUCUUUGAUGAAGUUCCUGCCAGGGACGCUUCGAUGUGGAACGCGAUGAUCACAGCGUACGGAGAGAACUCGAGAGUGGAUUUCGCGGAGAAAAUCUUUAAGCAAGUUCCCGAGAAAGAUCUUGUUUCAUGGAAUGCCAUGAUUUCGGCAUUUGCCGCGAAUGGAGAAAUCGCUCCCGCCAAAGAAACUUUUGAUUCCAUGCCAAUGAAAAACAUAACGUCGUGGAACACACUUAUGGCCAUGUACGGAGAGUACGGCAUGCACGGUAAUGCCAGGCAAGUGUACGAUGCCAUGCCCCAGUGGAAUCUUCUCUCGUGGAACUGCAUGAUACAGGCAUUUGCGGAAGGCGCGCAUCUGCGUUUCGCACGGGAACUGUUCGAAGUCAUUCCCGUACGGGACGUGGUGUCAUGGACAACCAUUCUGGCCGGGUGCGUACGGUCUGGGGAGCCCAACAGGGCGAAAGAAACUUUUGAAAGUAUGCCCGAGAGGAGCAUUGUAUCCUGGAACGUGAUGAUUAGAUCUUGCGAGCUCUCAGACGAACUGGAGAUGGCGGAGAGGAUUUUUAACGAAGAAAUGCCGUGCAGGGACGUUGUCUCUUGGAACUGUAUGCUGUCAAUCUACUCGAAGAGCAGCAGCAAGCUGGGAGAGCUCCAGAAAACUUUGCUGGAAAAUAUGCCCGAGCACAGUGUUUCUUCCUGGAGCUUGGCCAUUGCUGGUUUGUGUCAGCACGAUCGUCUCGAUGACGCUGAGCUUGUUUUGAGCCGGCUGCCUUUGAUUGAUCUCAUCUCGUCCAACACGCUCAUCACCGCCUAUUCCCAGAGAAACCAGCUUGAGCGAGCACGAAAGCUCUUUGAUGCCAUGCCUCAACGAGAUGUGGUGUCCUGGAACUCGAUCAUGCAAGCCUAUGUCCGGCACGGAGAUCACCCAGAAGCGAUCCAUCUCUUUAAAACUAUGGACCUGGAAGGAGUCGAGGCUGACGAGUUGAGCUUUCUUACUGUUGUGGAGGCCUGCUCGAUGACCACCGAAGCUAUCUUGUUUGGAAGAUAUCUUUACUCUAUCGUCAUCGACACCGGAUUCCUAUCCAACACCUUAGUUGCCACUGCAUUCUUCAGCAUGUUUGCAAAGUUUGGUGACUUGAAAGUGGCACGAAGUAUGUUUGAUGCCCGAGUAGAACACGACUUGGUUUCUUGGAGUGUUCUCCUCAGUGCGUACAGCCAGAGUGGCCAUGUCAUGGUUGCCGCUGAGGUUCUUCACGAAAUGUCUAUGGAUGGUUUCUCAGCCAGCAAAGUGACUUUCGUUAGCAUCCUGUCUGCUUGCAGCCAUGGAGGCUUUCACCACCUCGGCUGUUCUCUGUUCAGUUCAAUGGUCACUGACUAUGGAGUGGAGCCGGACGCCGUGCACUAUACCUGCAUGGUUGAUCUGCUUGGGAGAGCUGGAUGGCUGUGUGAAGCACGAGAUUUGGUCCGCGGACUGCCUAGAGAACCUUCUUCCGAAGCGUGGAUGUCUUUACUUGGUGCAAGUAAGCUGCAAAGUGAAUCAAACGUAGCAAACAUGGUAGCUCCAACGAACUUUGGAUCAUCGUUUGUCACCUUGAUAAACACGUACGUCAGCUAAAACUAGCAAAACACGCUUCGAUUUUACAGGCUUUGAACAUAGGUGCUGUACAGGCUCGGAAGUGGACUGUAUAUGUCUCUCUAAAUUUUUUAGUGAUAACGGCCCAUGAUUGGACAUAGAGAAUACAUUUCAAACAGUGAGAAAUGUAUAUACAGUCGAACAACUUCUGUAAACCAUUGUUCUAAUUAAAAAAAUUGUGUC